AUGGAGCAAAACAGAGGAUUUGGACUUCAAACCAGUCCAAUGCCACAACAUCUACUUUGGGAAGAGCUUAAAAAAUCUACUCAAUGGAUUUCAUCAAGACCACUUCCCGCGUGCCCUGAACGGCUCAAACCGAGAAUCGGCGUCCAGACCGUGCGGAACGGCCGACCGAGGAACAUCUGUACCACGAUCGGCCAACGUCCGGACACUCCGUCCAUCUCGCCUGAACGCACGGCCGAGCUCACGUACCGACCCGGGAAGCAUCAUCCCGCGGUCGACCCGUCCGAGUCUCGCCACCAUAAGCCGCACACGACCGCACCGCGCGAACAGGAGGCAUGCCUCACGACCGUGCAGCACUCACCGUGCCACACGCACGAGCGUACCGUCCGAUCAGGAAGUCGUCCCGCGUCCGGCCGAACCUUCGACCAAAUCAUCCGUCCGGCCGAACCCGACGAACGAACGACGAAUCUCUCGGCCACGAUCGACCCGACCGUGCCGAUAGCCGAUCAUCACCCGAUAGCCGGCCGAUCCCGACCGACCUCCGGUCCGGUCGACCCGAAGCCGUUUUUGAAGCCCGUUUCACACGUUUCAAGCCCAAUUACACGGCCGACUUAUAGACCUAGGUCUAGCCGCUCUCUAUACUUAGAGCAUUAUAAAUACAUCUUUUUAGCCUUGUAA